CCCCGCGCGGGGGCUGCCGGGAAGGAGGAGGCGCGGGGCCCGUGGCGCGGCGGGGCGCUUUCCUGCUUCCCCGCCGUGUACCGGAGGUGGCGGAGGGCCGGUGGCCUCUGUGUGUGGCGCUGAGCGGGAGGGGUGACCCUGUGUCGCCAGGAGGAGGCUGCAGAAAGACACACAGCCUGUUUGAGUAAGGCAGGAUGGAAGAGUCCAGUGGGGUCCUUCCCAUCCAGAGAGACAACAUCCUAUCAGAGUUAUGCUGUGAUAACAUCACCGUAACAAACUUGUGAGUCUCUGUGGUGUGCUGUAAGGGGUGAAAUUGCUGAGAUCUUUGGUGGCUUUAACUGACCCUCAGGAGGGGAAGCUGUUUCAGUCUCAAGAGAAAAUCCCUACACGUUGGUAGGGGCUGCACCAGCAAGGCCAGGCUGAAACAACCUGCUGCAUCCCUUAUUGGCUGCACCACUGAUGAGUGGUGAAGAUCUGGGACGACUGCCACCCCACAUUAUUGCUCCAGACCACAUGUGAAUGGACCGUAAGAGAGCAUUAAAUUCUCUGGGCAUUUGGGAAACUUCAUUUGCAGCUGUUCUUAGGCCUACAUCAAAGACCUCAGUGGAUCAACAACUCAAAGAUGGGAGAUCAGGAUGCAGGUGAACCCUUUCUGGGGAUAGUGGCUAGUGGUGCCACAGACUAUGAAGGAGCUCUGCCCUCAGACACAGUGUCACUCAGCGAUUCAGAUUCUGAUGAUUUGGGGUUAGUGGAUGAAGCAGAAGUUGAUACAAUAUCUCCUAAGGAGCCAUCUGUAGAUGAAGGAGAUUACAGAUCAGAGGAGUCCCCUGACUCUUCAAGCAGCAGUCAUAGAUCUCCUGUCCAGCCAUUUCAUCUGAAGGGCAUGAGUUCUACAUUCUCUCUCCGAAGCCAGAGCAUUUUUGAUUGCCUGGAAGAGGCAGCCAAGCUGUCUGUGCCCUCACUGCCAGAAGAUAAUGUUGUUGAUGGGAGGUUUAAACGUCCAUUGCCUCCAACCACAGUUUCAAGUAACAUGAUUCCAGAAAGGCUGGGAAAGCAAGCCAAACCAGUGCAGGCUCGCAAAACCUGUCCUGCAGUGCCUGACUAUGUGGCACACCCAGAGCGCUGGACCAAAUACAGCCUAGAUGGAGUUUCAGAGUCUACAGACAAGACUAACAGGGCAGUGGCCAUGGAAUUUCUAGAGGGUUUGAAGAGAAGAGGGGAGGAACAAAGCUCAGCUACCCAAGACAGCUACACCCCAUACUUCAACCAGGACUCUUCCAGCUGUGGAGCUGGGAGGAUUGUCUUCAGUAAACCAAUAAAAAGGGGUGUUGAUGGACUGGAAAAGAAAACAUCAUCAGGAGAGGAUGGUAAGAAACACAUGAAAACAGAUCUGAAAGGAAAAUCUCUUAAGAAGACUGAUGACUUGAAGGAGGAGGAUAAGGUAGAGCUGGGGCACUUAGGUAGUGGAAGUGGAAAGGCAGCUGAGGAGGAGGAGUGCAUGAUGGCUGGGUACCUGAAUACAGAAGGUAAGCUUAGCACAAGGUUUAGUUGUGAAAGUGAAGAGCCAUUGGUGGAAACAGUUGGAUUUCAUUGUAGUAAGAAGAAGAAUAGGAAAAAUUUCCGACCUAAAGUAGAUGAUGAAGGGGAGGAGGAAGAGUCCUGAAGGAUGGAGCACAUUGGAGACGUCCAAGGACUUAUAUUGUCUUUGGAUAUGUUUGGAUUUUUCUCUGACUCUUUUUUUUUUUGUGGUCCGGAAGCCAUGUGUUAACUUUUUGUCUUAACAGUUUGCAUCAUAGCCACCAAGAACAUUUUAUAUUGUUGAAGUUAAGCUACCUAAAAUACAAUUCAAACUUUUUUUUCAUGGGAAGUCUUGUAACAGGAUAGUUGCACCCUAGCAGGUGAGAAUAAAGUGUGGUUUUUUUGCUUGAGCAGCUCCUCAGGGCUUCAUCUGGAGCUGAAUUAGCCCUGAGCACCAAAGAAAGAGAUGUGUUGGCUAAAAAGCUGCAAGGCUUCCUACUAACCCCCAAAUUUAGAGCUGUUCCCAAAUCCUGUAGAAUCCUGGAACAAAGAUGGUGGGCUUAUUACACAGAGAUUUUUAAAUGAAAAUAAAAUCUUGUGUUCCCUUAGAUGUGAUUCCUUCAAAAAAACAGAGGAAAACCUCUAUUUUUUUAAAUACAUUCUUCUCUCUUUGCCUUUAAGACAGUCCAAUUAUGAGUGUGGAGGGCCCAGGAGGGAACUGGCAAAAUCAAUAUUAUUUUAAGGUUGGCUUAAUAUUUACCUUAUUUAGUGUUACAUGAUGACGAUUUUAAAAACCAUAAUGUUUCCAUCCUGGAUACACCCAGGUGAAGGUGCACUCGGGAUGGCUUUAGCAAAAUCUCGCCCCUUCGAGUGUAGAUCGGAACUCGCAACAGCUUUAGUUAAGUUGGUCAGCAGCUUUUCCUCUCUUUGUUAUGACGUGAUGUGAUGCUUGGCCUGUACAUUUGUAUGUCCUUUCCAGGUGAUACUGUUUCCACAUUGAUUCUGUGUGUGGAUUUGGUGGGAAUGAGUUGUUUAUACGAUAUCUGGAUACUUUUUGUUCUUUGGGGUUCAAUAAACUUUGAGUUCGAGCUUGA